AUGUCAUCAACCACACCGGAUAUCUCUUCUAUACCAGUUCAGCCGACAAUAAAUUCUUUUACUAGUCGAAUUGUGUCAGAUGAUGGUAAUGAUUCAAUGAAUGAAGCUUUAGAUGCCACUAAUGGUAACACAGAUAAAACACCAGUCAUUGAUGCCAAUGAUAGAGAAUGUGAUAAUGCUGACCCUGAAGAGUGUGAAGAAAGUAAUGAGAAAAAGAGGCAAAAGACAUCUGCUGUUUGGUUAGAAUUCAAAGAAGUCACUCUUUCUGAUGGUUCCAAAAAAGAGAAAUCAACAACAAAUGAUCAACUUUCAGCAGUAAACACAUGUGGUGAUGUACAGAUACUACCUGCUCUCACAGAUGGCAAGUUUGAUAUGGUAAAGAUGAGAGAAGCAGCUGCACAUUGGAUACUUAUGCACGAGCAUCCUUUUUCGAUUAUAGAAGAGGAAGGUUUUAACAUGAUGCAAAAACGUGGGAUGCCUGAAUGGGAAAAGGUAUCACGCAAUACUAUUAAAAAGGAUUGCAUGCAAGUUUAUGAAGCAGAAAAGAAGAAAUUAAAGGCAUUGUUGAAGACUAUCAGCAAGAUUAGUUUGACAACAGAUUUGUGGAAAUCAAGUAAUCAAAAGAUUGAGUACAUGGUUCUUACAGCACACUUUGUAGAUUUUAAUUGGAGAUUGCAAAAGCGUGUUAUUAGCUUUGUUCACAUACCUCCUCCUCGUCAAGUUGUUGAGAUUGCUGAUUAUGGCCUUUCUGAGAUUAAGAAUGUGAUUGGUGAUGUUCAUGAAAGUGUCGAUUUUAUUAAUCAAAAUGAGGCAAGACUUAACUCAUUUUCUGAUAUAGUACAACAGUUACAGUUACCUGAUAGGAAACUCAUUCUCGAUUGUAAAACACGUUGGAAUUCGACAUUCGAGAUGUUGUCGAUUGCAAUCAAAUUCAAAGAAGUGUUUUCGAGACUCAAAGAGCGAGAAUCUCAUUAUGAAUGUUGUCCAAGUCAUGAAGAUUGGGAAAAGGUGGAGAAAGUUUGUGAGAUUUUAGAAGUUUUUAAUUCAGCCACUAAAAUCAUCUCUGGAAGUGAUUAUCCAACUUCAAACCUGUUUCUGAAUGAAGUUUAUCGUGUGAAAGUGUUGUUGGAUAAAAGGAUGAAUGAUGAAAAUGAAUUUGUUCAAGCAAUGGUUCGUAAGAUGAAGAGUAAAUUUGAUAAGUAUUGGGGAGAAUGUAAUUUGUUGAUGUCUAUAGCAGCAAUCUUGGAUCCAAGGUGCAAAAUGAGGGUGAUUGAGUUUUGCUUUCCUCGAAUGUACCCUGAUAGAGAAGCAAAAGAAAAUAUUGCUAAAGUUCGAGAUGCCCUUUAUGAGAUUUAUGAUGAAUAUGCUCGUGAGUAUCAAUUUGGCAAUGAGCAUAGUGCUGAAACUCAAGUGCAUGAUAAUGGUAUUAGUGGUAUGAAUAUAGAAGCUUCUUCUUCUGGUUGGUUUGAAUUUGCAAAUUAUGUAAAAUCAGUUGAAACUGCUCAACCACAACAAUCUGAUUUAGAUGUCUACCUACCUGAGGGCUGUUUUAUCUAUGAAGGAGAUUCCACUAAGUUUCAUGCUUUGGAAUGGUGGAAAGGGAGCACUUUGAAGUAUCGUAUUUUAUCCAAGAUGGCUCGGGAUAUACUUGCUAUUCCUACCACUACAGUGGCUUCAGAAGCUACCUUUAGUGCAGAAGGUAAAGUUAUUGAUACUUAUCGUGCUUCUUUAUCUCCUGACACAGUGCAAGCAUUACUUUGUGGAGGAGAUUGGUGUCGAAAUCUUCAUGGAGUGAAGAAGAAGAACAAAAAAGAGAAGAAAUCAAUUGAGAUUGCACUCAAAAUCUCCUAA